GUCACGCAACUGAUGUUAUCUUGAAGUCUUCGUAGCAAGUAACAUUCAUUUUAGCUCUUUUUGCUGGAAUAAUGUCAUACAUGCACACGCAAUGGAGAGAUUUGGAUGCAUGGAAGAAAGAGGGGCUCUUUUUCUCGACAACAAGUAAUGAGGCUGUUAAACUUUACGAUGCUGCUCUCACACAGUACACUGGUUGGUAUGAAGAACCAAGUGUUGGUGGACUGGAGAAAACGAUGAGUGAUCUUAUCCAAGCAGAUCCUGAAUUUGUGAUGGGUCAUGUCAUGUGUAAUGGUCUUGAGCUGAUUUCUACUACUUACGAUGUUGAUACCAAUCCCAAACUGAAGGAAGGCAUGGAUACGCUAGCUAAUCUUGUCGCCAAGGGCAACAUCAACGACCGAGAGAGAAUGCAUGCUCAGGCAGUUAAGGAGUGGUCUGAUGGGAAUGCCAUCAAAGCAUGCCAAAUAUGGGAGGAUAUUUUAACAAAUCAUCCAAAUGACAUGUUUGCUCUGAAAAUGGCUCACGAUACCUACUUCUAUUUUGGUCUUCAAGCUCAAAUGAGAGAUUCUGUUGCAAGUGUAAUGCCAAGAUGGAAAGAGACCACACCUUUAUAUUGCUAUUUACACGGGAUGUAUGCCUUUGGACUUGUAGAAACAAAUAUGUACCAAGAUGCAGAGAAACAAGCACUAAAGGGCCUUGAACUUAAUCCUCGUGACUGCUGGUCUACACAUGCGCAGGCUCAUGUAUUAGAAAUGAUGGGACGACAAGAUGAAGGAAUUGGUUUCUUGAGCAAAACAAUGAAUGACUGGACGAAAGGAGCAAUGCUUGCUUGCCAUAAUUACUGGCAUUGGGCUCUGUAUCAYAUAGAAAAGGGAGAGUAUGAUGCCGCUGUGGAUGUCUACGACAGUCAAGUAGGUCAGCGGGUAAAAUCUGGGGCCAUGCUCGACUUAGUGGACGCUUCGUCGCUUCUAUACCGGCUACAAAUGGAAGGCGUUGCUAUUGGUAAUCGAUGGGGAGAACUGCUGACCAUGUGGCAACCCCAUGCUCAUGAUCAUAUCACGGCAUUUAACGAUGUUCAUAUGCUAAUGUGUACUCUUGGAUCAAAGCGUGAAGACAAGACUCAAGAGUUGAUGGAAUCAUUACGAAGCUUUGUUGAGAAAGGUUCAGGAGUAAACCGUGACGUCACUCAAAACGUUGGAUUACCGUUAUGCGAAGCGUUUGAGUUGGUUGACAAGAAUCAACACGAUGUUGCUGUUGAAAUCUUAAAGCCUCUACGCUAUAGGAUUGUGCAAAUUGGAGGUAGUAAUGCUCAGAGAGACCUCUUUAACCUCUUUUUCAUCAACACGGCCAUGACGUCAUCACGUAAGGAUCAUCACCGACUUGCAAGGAGGCUAUUAUCAGAACGCAAAGCCUUGAAAGAAAACGCUCCAAUGACAGACCGACUUAUCGCGAGAGCCAUGGCAAGUCACGUGGAAUAAAUUGAUUAUUGUGCGCGGUUGAGGACUGGCUUAAUCCAAAGCGAUACUAUACAUUAGACCCACAAAAAAUCAAUAGAUACAAAUAAAAAACAACAGSAAUUUGUAAAGUCUUGUAAAAGACAAGAAAACACACAGGAAUCAGAUAAGAAGAAGAAAAAAAAAACUAAUAGAAGAAAUAUAGAAAGAAAAAAAAAAGAAAACAAUCAAACAAUCUUUUGCUGUAAAACUGUAACGAAUGUGAAUAUAAAGUUGUUUUUGUUGUU